ACAAGGUCUAAAAAUGCUUGGCAAAAUCUGGUUUCUCUUGUUUUUACUGGCAGUGGAUUGCUACACUAUUAACCAAGAAAUUUCACUACAGAAUACUUUGUUGAACGGAUAUAAUAGAAGAAUUCGACCAGGAAUUGACAGAAGUCAGCCAGUUAAAGUAACUGUCGGGUUCAACUUAGUGGCACUCCAAGAAUUUUCCGAGACUGAUGGAAAAAUUGCAGUAGUAGGUGCUUUCAGAAUUAGAUGGAUAGACGAAAAAUUGGCCUGGAAUCCAGCGUCCUAUGGUAAUGACCUCUACAGCACAAAAGUAUUCUUCGGGGACAUAUGGGUUCCCAAAUUUGUGAAUUUAAAUCCGUACCAUACACUAAAACGCGUUGGUCUCGAUGAUAUGGAUUGUGAAUUAAAAUAUAACGGAAGGGUUGAUUUUCGACCGCCAGAUUUGUUCGAAUCUACAUGUGAUGCGGAUGUAACGUACUACCCAUUUGAUAAACAAAGUUGUUCUUUAUUGUAUUACAUCCCUGGUUACAAUACUGCCGAUGUCAUAAUCCUAACAGAAUCUUCAAAUUUUAAUAUGAACCUCUAUAACCCAAACGGACUAUGGGAAGUCAUAGAUACUUCCUUAACAGUUGAGACAAAUUCUUUCAAUGUUCAAAUUAUCCAUCUUACAAUAUCUAUGACAAGAAGGACAACAUACUACAUAGCUGGCCUCCUUCUACCAAUUGUUCUCAUGAAUUUCAUUCAACUUUUUGUGUUCCUCCUUCCGGUUGAGUCCGGAGAGCGCCUGGGGUUCAGCAUCACGGUUCUCCUAGCGGUAGCGGUUUUUCUUACUAUAAUCCAAGACAAACUUCCGGAAGCUUCAGAACCAAACGUAUCACUUCUAACAUAUAAACUAUUAGUUGAUAUGAUCAUUGGAAGUGGAAUGAUUUUAGCAGUAGUAAUUGGAAUGAGGUUCUAUCACAGGAGCGAUGAGAUACGAAUUCCGCAGAUUCUUCGUGGACUCACACGUUGUUAUUUAUGUUGCACCCAAACACCGUCAAUAAAACCUGACGAAGUAGUUCAAAUAGAAUCCGAAAAACUUGAUAUAGAAUCUGAUAAAUCAUCUAUUACAUGGACCGAUGUCGGAAAGGCGUUUGAUAUUGUUUGCCUUAGUCUUUUCUUUUUCUCGUUGGUAAUGAAUAAUAUAGUUUACUUUAUAACUAUAUUUGUAAAAAUAUAA